AUGUCACAGAGGAGUGGGCAGGAGGACCCGGAGCGGUACCUCUUUGUGGACCGCGCCGUGAUCUACAACCCAGCCGCUCAGGCGGACUGGACAGCCAAGAGGCUAGUAUGGAUCCCAUCAGAGCGCCACGGCUUCGAGGCUGCCGGUAUUCGUGAGGAACGUGGAGAUGAGGUGGUAGUGGAGCUAGCAGAGAACGGGAAGAAGGCAGUAGUCAACAAGGAUGACAUCCAGAAGAUGAACCCACCAAAGUUCAGCAAAGUAGAAGACAUGGCUGAACUAACCUGCCUCAACGAAGCCUCUGUGCUUCACAACCUUAAAGACCGCUACUACUCCGGCCUCAUAUAUACGUACUCUGGUCUCUUCUGCGUGGUCAUAAAUCCCUACAAAAACCUGCCCAUCUACUCAGACAACAUCAUUGAGAUGUACAGGGGCAAAAAGAGACAUGAAAUGCCACCUCACAUCUACGCCAUCUCAGAGUCCGCAUACAGAUGUAUGCUACAAGAUCGAGAGGACCAAUCAAUUCUUUGCACAGGUGAGUCAGGAGCUGGCAAGACAGAAAACACAAAAAAGGUAAUUCAGUACCUGGCACAUGUUGCCUCAUCCCACAAAGGAAGAAAGGACCACAACAAUCCUCCAGAAUCACCCAAACCAGUGAAACUACAGGCACAAAACGCAGUUAGUGGACCCCUGUUUUAUGGUGAAUUGGAGCGCCAGCUUUUGCAGGCAAACCCCAUCCUUGAAGCUUUUGGGAAUGCUAAGACAGUGAAAAACGACAACUCGUCACGUUUUGGGAAAUUCAUCCGGAUCAACUUUGAUGUCACUGGUUACAUUGUUGGAGCAAAUAUUGAAACUUACCUGCUGGAGAAAUCCAGAGCUAUUCGACAAGCCAAAGAUGAGCGCACAUUCCACAUUUUCUACCAGCUGCUGGCUGGAGCAGGAGAGCACCUUAAAUCCGACCUGCUUUUGGAGGGAUUCAACAACUACCGUUUCCUUUCUAACGGUAACAUCCCCAUCCCGGGCCAACAGGACAAAGACAACUUCCAGGAGACCAUGGAGGCCAUGAACAUCAUGAGCUUCGGCCAUGAGGAGAUUUUGGCCAUGUUGAAGGUUGUGUCAUCGGUGCUUCAGUUUGGCAACAUUAUUUUUAAGAAGGAGAGAAACACUGAUCAGGCCUCCAUGCCUGACAACACUGCCGCUCAGAAGCUGUGUCAUCUACUGGGUAUAAAUGUAAUGGAGUUUACCAGAGCCAUCCUGUCCCCGAGGAUCAAAGUGGGGCGUGACUAUGUUCAGAAAGCUCAGACUAAAGAGCAGGCUGACUUCGCUGUUGAAGCCCUUGCUAAAGCGACGUACGAGCGUCUGUUUCGUUGGCUGGUCCAUCGUAUUAACAAAGCUCUGGACAGAACCAAGCGUCAGGGUGCCUCCUUCAUUGGCAUCCUGGACAUUGCAGGUUUUGAGAUUUUUCAGCUGAACUCUUUUGAACAAAUGUGUAUCAACUACACCAACGAGAAACUACAGCAGCUCUUCAACCACACCAUGUUCAUCCUGGAGCAGGAAGAGUACCAGAGAGAGGGUAUCGAGUGGAGCUUCAUCGACUUUGGCCUCGACCUACAGCCCUGCAUUGACCUCAUUGAGAGACCGGCUAACCCUCCAGGAGUCCUGGCUCUGCUGGAUGAAGAAUGCUGGUUCCCCAAGGCCACGGACAAGACCUUUGUAGAUAAGCUGAUCCAGGAGCAGGGUACACACACAAAAUUUCAGAAGCCCCGCCAGCUUAAAGAUAAGGCCGACUUCUGCAUCAUCCACUACGCUGGCAAGGUGGACUAUAAGGCAGAUGAAUGGCUCAUGAAGAACAUGGACCCCCUGAAUGACAACGUUGCCACACUACUGCAUCAGUCUACGGACAAAUUGGUGGCUGAACUUUGGAAAGAUGUUGAUCGCAUCGUGGGCCUGGACCAGGUGGCAGGGAUGAAUGAGACAGCAUUCGGGGCCACAUUCAAAACGAAAAAGGGCAUGUUUCGCACAGUGGGCCAGCUCUACAAGGAGUCUCUCACCAAGCUCAUGGCCACGUUGAGGAACACAAACCCUAACUUUGUCCGCUGUAUCAUCCCCAACCACGAAAAAAGGGCUGGUAAACUUGAGCCUCACCUGGUUCUGGACCAGCUAAGAUGUAAUGGAGUCCUUGAGGGGAUUCGCAUCUGCAGACAGGGCUUCCCCAACCGCAUCAUCUUCCAGGAGUUCAGACAGAGAUAUGAGAUCCUGACACCCAAUGCUAUCCCAAAGGGAUUCAUGGAUGGGAAACAGGCCUGUGAAAGAAUGAUCCAAGCCCUUGAGCUGGACCCCAACCUGUUCCGUAUCGGCCAGAGUAAGAUCUUCUUCAGAACUGGAGUCUUGGCUCACUUGGAAGAGGAGAGAGACCUUAAGAUCACUGACAUCAUCAUCUACUUCCAGUCUGUGUGCCGUGGAUACUUGGCGCGGAAGGCCUUUGCUAAGAAGCAGCAGCAGCUAAGCGCCCUGAAGGUCCUCCAGAGGAACUGUGCUGCCUACCUGAAGCUGCGACACUGGCAGUGGUGGAGGCUCUUUACCAAGGUGAAGCCUCUGCUGCAGGUCACCCGGCAGGAGGAGGAGAUGCAGGCCAAAGACGAGGAGCUAACGAAGGUGAAGGAGAGGCAGUUGAAGGUGGAGAACGAGCUGGUAGAGAUGGAGAGGAAACACCAACAGCUUGUUGAGGAGAAGAAUAUUCUUGCAGAGCAGCUCCACGCAGAGACAGAGCUGUUUGCAGAAGCUGAAGAGAUGAGAGUCCGCCUGCUUUCCAGGAAACAGGAGCUGGAGGAGAUCCUUCAUGACCUGGAGUCUAGAGUGGAGGAAGAGGAGGAGCGGAACCAGAGCAUGCAGAAUGAAAAGAAGAAGAUGCAGUCACACAUACAGGACUUGGAGGAGCAGCUUGAUGAAGAGGAAGCUGCAAGACAGAAGCUGCAGCUGGACAAAGUGACGGCUGAGGCAAAGAUCAAGAAAAUGGAGGAGGACAUUCUCCUGCUGGAGGACCAAAACUCCAAGUUCCUCAAGGAGAGAAAGCUGCUGGAAGACAGGAUUGGCGAGAUGACCUCUCUGUUGACAGAGGAGGAGGAGAAAGCAAAGAACCUCGGCAAAGUCAAGAACAAGCAAGAGAUGAUGAUGGUCGACCUGGAAGAGCGCCUGAAGAAGGAGGAGAAAACACGUCAGGAGCUUGAGAAAGCCAAGCGCAAACUAGACGCUGAGACGACUGACCUCCAGGACCAGAUUGCAGAGCUGCAGGCUCAAAUCGAGGAGCUGAAGAUCCAGCUGACCAAAAAGGAAGAGGAGCUGCAGACUUCUCUCUCCAGGAGCGACGAGGAGACGGCCCAGAAGAACAACGCCUUGAAGCAGGUUCGGGAGCUGCAGGCGCAGCUGGCAGAGCUUCAGGAGGACCUGGAGUCAGAAAAGAUCUGUCGAAGUAAAGCUGAAAAACUUAAAAGGGACCUGAGUGAGGAGCUGGAGGCUUUGAAGACGGAGCUGGAAGACACGUUGGAUACCACCGCCGCCCAACAGGAGCUCAGGUCCAAGCGAGAGCAGGAGGUGGCAGAGCUGAAGAAGGCCAUAGACGAGGAGACCAAAAACCACGAGGCUCAGAUACAGGACAUGAGACAGAGGCAUGCCACAGCACUGGAGGAACUGUCGGAGCAGCUGGAGCAGGCUAAGAGGUUCAAGGCUAACCUGGAAAAGAACAAGCAGAGUUUGGAGACUGACAACAAAGAGAUGGCCUGUGAGGUGAAGAGUCUGCAGCAAACGAGGAUGGAGUCAGAACACAAGAGGAAGAAACUUGAGGGCCAGCUGCAGGAGCUCAUGGCCAGGGCCACCGAGGUAGAGCGGGCCAAGGGAGAGCUGGGUGAUCGCUCUCACAAACUCCAGUCGGAGCUGGACAAUGUGUCUGCUUUGCUGGAGGAGUCGGAGAAGAAGGGUGUCAAACUUGUCAAGGAAGUUGACAAACUGAACAGCAGACUGCAAGAUUUAGAGGAGCUGCGCCAGGAGGAGACGCGUCAGAAGCUCAACCUCAGCGGCCAAAUCCGCCAGCUGGAGGUGGACAAGAGCACGCUGUUGGAGCAGCAGGAGGAGGACGAGGAGGCCCGACGCAACCUGGAGAAGCAGCUGCAGUCGGUGCAAGCUCAGCUGUUUGAGACAAAGAAGAAGCUGGAGGAGGAUGUGGGAGCCAUGGAGGGCCUGGAGGAGGUGAAGAGAAAACUCCAGAAGGACAUGGAGCUAACCACCCAGCGUCUGGAGGAGAAGACCAUGGCCAUGGACAAGAUGGAGAAGACCAAGAAUCGGCUGCAGCAGGAGCUGGACGACCUGAUGGUGGACCUGGACCACCAGAGACAGAUCGUCUCCAAUCUGGAGAAGAAACAGAAAAAGUUUGAUCAGCUGCUGGCUGAAGAAAAGACCAUCUCAGCUCGGUAUGCAGAGGAGCGGGACAAAGCAGAGGCCGAGGCCAGAGAGAAAGACACCAAGGCUCUGUCUAUGGCCAGAGCUCUGGAGGAGGCACUGGAGGCCAAGGAAGAGCUGGAGAGGUUCAACAAGCAGCUCCGCGCUGAAAUGGAGGACCUGAUGAGCUCCAAGGAUGAUGUGGGGAAGAAUGUCCAUGAACUGGAGAAGUCUAAGCGAACGCUGGAGCAGCAGGUGGAGGAGAUGAGGACUCAGCUGGAGGAACUGGAGGAUGAGCUGCAGGCUACAGAGGAUGCCAAGCUGCGGUUGGAGGUCAACAUGCAGGCCAUGAAGGCCCAGUUUGACCGAGACCUGCAGGCCAGAGAUGAACAGGGAGAGGAGAAGAAGAGGGCGCUGGUCAAACAGGUACGGGAGAUGGAGGCAGAGCUGGAAGAUGAGAGGAAGCAGAGAACGAUGGCUGUCGCUGCCAAAAAGAAGCUGGAGAUGGACCUGAACGAAGUGGAGGGGCAGAUUGAAGCUGCAAACAAAGGCAGAGACGAAGCCAUCAAACAGCUCCGAAAACUACAGGCUCAGAUGAAGGACUAUCAGAGGGAGCUGGAGGAGGCCAGAGCCUCCAGGGAUGAAAUCUUCUCUCAGUCAAAGGAGAAUGAGAAGAAACUCAAGAGCCUGGAAGCUGAGAUUCUACAACUACAGGAGGACCAUGCAGCAUCAGAGAGGGCCCGUCGACAUGCUGAGCAGGAGAGGGACGAGCUGGCUGAUGAGCUCUCCAACAGUGCUUCUGGAAAGUCAUCACUGCUGGAGGAGAAGAGGAGACUGGAGGCUCGUAUCGCCCAGCUGGAAGAGGAGCUGGAGGAGGAGCAGGGCAACAUGGAGCUGCUGAACGACCGCUUCAGAAAGGCAAACCUGCAGGUCGACAGCCUGAACGCUGAGUUGACUGGAGAGCGCAGCACAGCUCAGAAAAGUGAGAAUGCUCGGCAGCAGAUGGAGCGACAGAACAAGGAUUUGAAAGCCAAGCUGGCAGAGCUUGAGGGGGCUGUCAAGUCAAAGUUUAAGGCGUCCAUUAGCGCCCUGGAGGCAAAGAUUCUGCAGCUGGAGGAGCAGCUGGAGCAGGAAGCAAAGGAGAGAGCAGCAGCCAAUAAGAUAGUUCGCCGCACGGAAAAGAAACUGAAGGAGGUGAUGAUGCAGGUGGAGGACGAGCAUCGUCAUGCCGACCAGUACAAGGAGCAGAUGGAGAAAGCCAAUGCUCGAAUGAAGCAGCUGAAGCGCCAGCUGGAGGAGGCGGAGGAGGACGCCACCAGGGCCAACGCCACCCGCAGGAAGCUGCAGAGGGAACUAGAUGACGCCACCGAGGCCAGCGAGGGCCUCACCCGGGAGGUCAACUCCCUCAAGAACCGCCUCAGGCGCGGUGGUCCAGUCAGCAGCUUCUCCUCCAGCCGUUCGGGCCGCCGCAACCUCAACUUGGACGGUGCGUCUGUGGACAUGUCAGACGAUGACGCAGACAGCCGCUCUGGCGACUUCAACGAGACGCAGACUGCCAAUGCCGAGUAAAACAGAGACCGUCACAUUCCUCACCUACUCCCUAGUCUCUCCCGUCUCAUCCACCUUUGACCAGCGACUAGUUCAACCACCCUCCCCAGAAAAAGUUACUUAGCGUCAUCAUUAUCCUUUUUCAUUUCAAACCACUGACUGGACAAAAAACCUGGAGCAGUGAGCUGAGCGCGCCUCAGCCUUUUUCUAUCAGCUAACACUGCAGGGAAAAUCCACCGCCCUCCUCUGAGUAAAACCUCCAGUGCAGAGUCACAGAGGCAAACAGACAACUCCGCCUUACUCUGGUCUCCUCCAACAAGCUGCUAGUCAAGGCUCAUCUCUCGGCCUUGUAUCUUAUCGUCAACACUCCCUUCCCAUCAAGCGCAAAGUUAUCUGCUUAUUGAGAUAGGUGCAAAGUGCUUUUUCUACAUAUGAAACUGCGUGUGUGUGAUGUAGGUGGAGGCUGUGAGGUGUUGCACAUCUAUAAUAUAACCCAUGUGAAUGCACUCUGUUGUGGAAAUGCAGGACUACAAGGAAAUGUGUUUCACUCUGGUGUUGUUGUAAGUGUUCAUGCUCACUAGUUGUGUACAAGACAUCUCAUACCCCCCCCCCCCCCCCCCCCCCCAUGUUCAAACUGAUGGUCCUCUCACAAAGGUGAAGCCCAAAAAUUAAGGUCACUGUCGCCUUCGCACAACCACACAGGCUGCUUGUGUUGCAAGAGUUUCCCUCCAACGUUCAGACUGUUCCUCUUUAAGACUACAGCACGACGGGUUCACCAUCACCUCGGGACGGGCAACACGAAAACAUGGACUCUGAAUGGAAAGUAUUACUGUGAAGAAAAGGUGUUUUUAGUUUCUCUGUUGCUUCAUCUCAACUUUUACUGAAGGAAUGUGAAGCUGGGUUUUAACUGGGAAUCUCAUAAGUUCACCUGUUUUUAUUGUUGACCACUAUUUGAGAACACAAUUUUCCCUCUACUGUGAUGUGGUGAGAGCUGGGAAUGAUGCAAACAUGCUGGAAAAAUGCAAAAAAAAAACAAAAAAAACAACUGUACAGGAAAUUGUAUGAAUAUUAACUGGAAACCAAAAGAGAAAACACAGCUCUUUCUGAAGCACUAAAGUGGCACUUAGUCCACGUUUUCAGUGUGACACUAAAUGGUUAGAGCUUGACCAAAUCAUGUAGUUUGAUGAGGAAUGGAGACUAAUUGGAGUAUAAGCAUCCUCUUACUACAUUUCAGUGUUUGUGCCUAGCCCCUGUUUGUGCUUUUGUCACAUUUGAGUCACUGAGCAAAGAAAAAAGGCAUUGCCAAAACCCCGUACUGCUCUUUUUAACAUCUGGAUCGAACAAAUAUUCAGCCUGUUGCACAGUUCACUUUUUGAGCCAGGGUGGAGACAGUUUUAAUCUCUUAACUGCUUUCUCAAGCAAAGAGUUUUUUUCUUCAAUGUUAAGAAUCAUGAACAAAAUGUAAAUGCACAUUUUAAUUUUUAACUAUUUUAUUGUUAUUCUUCAUGCUGCAUUUUAUUCAUUGUGAUCCUGGUUUUAACACGUUUAUAUUUUUCUUGCCACAAAAGCAACAAUGGAGAUGUCACUCCUGGUUACACAAUAAUCUUCUCAUGAUCUCAUCACAGUUGUUUUAAAUGCAUAUUUUUCUAAAGUGUGUUGCACUGUGGGAAAUGAAUUAGUAUGAGACUGUACUGCUGCAUUAAUUCUGAUCCAUUUGGGGUACUUUUUUGACUGAGUCUGACUUUUCUCAUCCAUGUCAGCUAAAAAAAAAACAAAAACAAGAAAAGAUUACAGCAGAAGAGUAAAAGGCUUGGAUAUUUUUUUCAUCCAGAUGUUUAGAGCUGAAUAAACUACAGUUUGGGAAAAACCUCUGUCCAGAAUCUGUAACUAAAAUGUUCUGGAUACAAAACGAUGAACAAACAAGGGUUAAGUUAAUGACUUACCUAUCUGACUACAUCAAGCACUUGUUAUUUAUCAGCGACAGGUUGUUUUAUACGUCUUUUUUUCUUCCUCAGGAUUUUAGUUCUUUGAAUAGCAUUCUCAGCUAAACAGUGAAACCACUACAGUGUGAACCUACCUUCAAGGGCACUCAUAUCCUUCUGUCAGACUUUGAAUUGGUCUUUUAUUCUGGAUGUGCAGGCUAGGAAGGUUGUAUUAUUUGCCCUUCUCCUGAAGUGUUAAGUUUGUCUUAGUGCCUUAGACACUAAAUGAGAACAGAAAAAGGAUUUCAGUGCAGAUGUGAAAAAUUAAAACCCUGAUGAGAUGAAACAGGUUCACCAAGGAGGCGCUCAACACUUAAUCUUUCUUUUGUAUUUUUUUGCUGUGCUUCAUAUCAUAUCCACCGUGUACAUCUGUGCUCAUAAUAAUCAAACUGGAAUACUGAUUUUGACACAAACAGGUUAACUGGAAGCAAGGCAGAGAACUCUGCUGCAGCAUUUCCCAAAAUUCAGUUUGUACUAAGAUUUUUAGUAUUGAAGGUAUUGUUGGGAAAUGAUGCAACGCACAGGAAUUCAUUUGGUUGGAAGCUUUAUCAUCCACAAGUAGUUAACUCAUUUUUAUUGUAUUAUUAUUAUCCAGCUGGCUGUUGACAACCAGGCAUUCAACUGCAAAUACUCCCAUGGUAUUAUUUCCUGUAUACCUGUAUUUCUAGACAGUAAUUUUUUUGUUUUGUUUGUUUUGUAAAAGGAAAAUAAAGCAUAUUCAUUGUAGCUGU